GUUCUUUUUGGUAGCACGAUGGUCUCCCAUAUGUUCGCUCGUAUGGUCUCCCGUAUGACCUUGGCAUGUGCUGUGCAGUUUAGUUAUGUUGUUUAGGUUCUUCAGCCGCAACGGUGCAAUGUCGGAUGCAUAUUUAUAUGAUCGUCAGGUGCCCGAGGCCCAUACGAGGCGCGAAUCGAGGCACCCUCGCACUGCGGAUCAAUGUGGCCGCGUCGCGGUUGCCCAUAUAUGCCACGACGAUGUUCGGAAUACGAAGAGCUCACAAUUGUGUUGGCCAGUUGGUCACAACGCCUCAGCUUUCCGCAGGGUGCCGAGCAUCGGAGCAAUAUCCAGUAUUUAGCAGGUCACGAAUCAGAAGUUGGGAGGUUGAGAAUAAACUUAAUACCAUGUACAUGGGUUCUCUUGCAUUCACGACCCGUUCUUCGUGGCAACAUGAAUUCGAUUUAUGCCCGAAGCUCUAAACAUGUACGAAGUGAUAAUGAUGAUGAAUGUGAUCAUAUUGUCAUGUCCCGCUGCCAACGCAAGACACUGCGGCAUGCACCGGCGUGGACAGUCUCUCUUUCCGAGCCCAUUGCCAGCCAGACAGACCCGCUUUACCACCCCACACGAUCAGGUAGGGUCUCGGCGUUUGCAAAAACAUAUUCGAGCGUGAGGCGCAUAUUUGAUCGCGUUCUUAAGCAUAUAUGCUCAUUGCUUGAAUGGUUCAAUAGCUUGGUCGGUUGAGGAUCGGCCAUUUCUCGGAUGCUCGCGCGCAGUUCGUUGGCCAUUGCGUCAUUCCGAUUGUUUGGUUUAUUUCCCUCCUGGUUAUCUUCAUCCGUCCUCCCUCCACCCUUGCUUUACUCCCGUGUUCCCCCGUCCAGCCUCAUCCUUUUGUCUGUGUUUGGUCACGACUGGCCGCCUUUACAGGCGUUCAAGCUGACCAUCCGCGAUGCAUUCAAGGCCCUCGCGUUGGAGCACCACCCCGACAAGGGCGGCGAUCCGGAGAAAUUCAAGGCCAUCCGCGCGUCCUGCGGCGCCCUCCUCGCCGCGUCAGCCGCCGCGCGGCCGGCGCCGCCCGCGCCGGUGCGCCCGGCGAGUUGCACGGGCGACGCUUCGCCAAAGGCGCAGACCGCGCGGAGCGAGCCGCCCGCGCGGCGCCGAGGCGGCGGCGGGGCAGCGGCGGGCUCCGCGGCCGCGGCGCCGCCCAGGGGGGAGGAGCAGCGGGAGGCGCCUCCCGCGGCCAACCCGCAGCUGGCCGAGCCGCGGCCCGCCGCGGAGCCCACGGCGGGCCAGUUUUAUUUGGCGGCCUGCGGCGGCAGGCGCGGCGUCGUGGAGGUGAAGUCCAUCGACUCGGCCAGCGGGUCGAUGUCGGUCCAGUGGUACGCCCCGUACCGCAACCCGAGGGUUGGCGGCGAGGCGUGCCUCCGCAGGGCCGCGCGGGGGGCGGAGGCGCAGGUGCAGCCCAGCUCCAUCGGGCGUCCUCCUGUCUGUCGCACGGACCGCUUGCGCUCGACCGGGCCAAGCGGCUGCCGCAGGGCGUCGCCGCAGCGCUCGCGCAGGGCCGCGCCCGCUGCCAGGGCGGCGGCGCCUCCACGCUGCGGGAGGCGCAGGCCGCGACCCGCAAGAGGCCCGCCGCCGCUGCGGGGGGAGCCUCCGCCGGCGCCGCUCCAGCGAGGCGGCGGGCUGCCGCGGCGGCCGAGGCGCCCAGGUGCGUCUCGAAACGCCGGCGGGUCGACAAGAGCGACCUGGCGGCGCCCACCGAAAUCCCUCCGCACGAGCUCACCCUGAAUCAGCUUGCCCAGCUGAUCUGGAGGUUCGCUUUCUACUGAAGCGCGCGCGGCGGGGGCGCCGGGGAGGGAACGUGAUGUCUCAGAGGAGGCAGGGAUUUACCGAUGCCACUGUUCGUCCUGGAGAGCCGUCGUCGAC